AUGCCCUCGCGGUCUGGCAGCCUUCCUGAUUUCUCAACGAGUGUCGUGCCCUCACUCGCGCCAGCCGUCGCUGGUGAAACGGACGACGCGUGCGUAGCGAGCGUACAGCCUACAGAGAAUGGGGCUACGCCAACACCAAACCCAACGGCGGCUACCACAGGAGCUCCAGCACAUGUGGCGUCGGACUUCGACCCGCAGUCGUCUGGCAAUGUUGCAGUCACUUUCGGCCUACCAGGAGCAGAAGUCGAGGGUACCCUCUUGGAAAUAUGCUCCGACCCCAACGUAGAUGUCGUGAUCCUAGGCUUCUUGUCUGAGGUAACGUACGGCGUGAGCAUCUACCCUCGGUUGCAGCUGAAUCCAUGCAUGACGAGCACGCAAAGCUCCCAGAUGAAGAAGCUUGCACCCGGCUUGUCCUACUACCCCACCAUUGAGGCAGAUAUCACCGAGUGCCAAACCAAGUACGGCAAGAAAAUCUUCCUCAGCAUUGGUGGAGAAGGCAACACCCUCCCUUUAGCCUCGGAUGAAGACGCGAUCACGUUCGUCAACCUACGUCUGGGGAACUCUUCGGGCCCCCAGGUCAUAUUGACCCUUCGCUCCGCCCCAUUCGGCUCAGCGGUGUUGGACGGAUACGAUCUGAAUACACAAACAAGACGAAUGGCGCCCGCCAACUUCGACACCUUCGCGACCACGCUGCGCUCACACUUUGGCGCCGACACAGCCAGAGACUACUUCCUGUCCGCCACACCCGGCUGUUCCUACCUCGACAUCUCAAUCCACCCAGGCUACCUGGCCCAGAGCAAUUUUGUCUGGCCACGCUUCUAUAACAACUCCCGGUGCGAGAUCGGCAGCGCCGGCUUUCUCGGCGCCAUCAAGGGCUGGUCCGCCGCCCUAGCCGGCAACGCCCUCCCGUCGCUUGACAGCACCCCAGGCAGAACACACCUCUACAUCGGCCUCCCCGCGCGGCAGGACAUGGUCCCGGCGCUGGCAGGGCUGCUGGCGCAGGCUAAUGAAGUCGUGCAGCAACAACAGCAGCAGCAGCAGGUGGGUGGGCUCGGGGGGGUGUUGGUGACUGUUUUGGGUGAGGAUAGGGGUGUCGAACGGGAUGGGUUGGAUUUGGGAAGGUUGUUGGAGGGUGUGAAGGGGGUUUUGGGAGGGCUUGUUUAG